AUGUCGUUUGGCAGCUCCAGGAGAUUAAUGUACUCUUCAUCUCUGGUGGUGGUCUUGGUUGUUUUUGUGUUACAGAUUUGGGUCUGCAGUGACUGCAACUGCAAGGCAGGAGCAAUAAGAUUACUUCAAGAGAAUGGCAUGGAAAAGUUUAAGGAGAGCAGCGAUAUUACCAAGGAUAAUUAUAAGAGCAAAGAAAAGCACUUCAGGAAGUACUUCAAUGAAAGAGCUAACACUUCUUAUGGUUUCAACAAAACUGAGAAAGGAUUUGAAGAGAACAAAAGAAGACAUUCUGAAUCCUGUAAAUCCAUCUCUUCUCAUAAGAAGAAGAAGAAGAAGAAGAAGAAGAAGAAGUUACAGGGAAGAGAACAAAAUCCCUGGUUUUUAGCUUUCAAUUUCACUCCCAAAACACCACCCCCUUUGGAAACCGCUGCGCCGCCUCCUUCUUUCCACAACACACCUACCAACCCCUUGCCCUUAUAUGCUCCCCUACCUCUCUUCCUUACUUAUCUCUCUCUCUUACCAUCUCCGCACAAAAACCCCUCCUCUAGCUCAGAAACGCUACCGGUGAGAAUGAGCUGCAAUGGCUGCAGGGUCCUGCGUAAAGGUUGCAAUGAUAACUGUACCAUUAGACCUUGUCUUCAAUGGAUCAAAUCCACUGAUUCUCAAGCCAAUGCCACUCUCUUCUUGGCCAAGUUCUAUGGUCGUGCUGGCCUCAUCAACCUCAUUGAAGCCGCGCCCCAACGACUCCGCCCAGCUAUAUUUAGUUCAUUGCUAUAUGAGGCGUGUGGCAGGAUAGUGAAUCCGGUCUAUGGGUCAGUUGGCAUGCUUUGGUCAGGUAACUGGGCCCAGUGCCAAGCAGCCGUUGAUGCAGUGCUCAAAGGGUUACCCAUCAUAUCAAUUCCUUCUUCUGAUGUACCAACACCACACUUGAUCUCUUCCCUCAACACCUACGACAUUCGCCACGUGUCCAGGGACCAAAAUUCUCCCGAACUCAACAAAGUCAAGAGCAGAACCCGGUGCAAGCGGUCCAUUGGCACCAGGCCCAGUUCACUGGCUGAGCCAACGGGCCGGCUUAACCAGGGAGAGUUGGGAUUUGAACCGGUUCGUGAGUCGUGGCUUGGUCAUUUGGGAAACGGGGAUAGUCGUAUCAAAGAUGAGGAUAGCAUAUUAGCUGCGGAAAAUGUGGAGGAUUCUUUGUGGAGUCGAGUUGAGCCAGACCAGGUCUUCAAAUUUAAUGGACAAAGUGAUGAUAGUGAUCUUAGUUUGGAACUGACUCUUGCUUUGGUUUCGGAGUAAAGCACCAAAUUAAUUGAGUUGAGCAUGCAGGUGUGCUAGCUAAUUUAUCUUCAUGAGAUCAUGCAUGGUGAAGCAAUUUUGACGACUCAAAAGGAUAGCAAAUCACUUUUACAUGCUCUUCUUUUGCUAGCAAUUACCGUGUAUAUAUGCAUGUGUGUGUGUGCAUGUGUGUUGGGAUAAUUUAGUUUUUUUUCUUCUUGAAAAAAAUCCGAAAAACUCUCCCUCGAUCUAUUGUUAAGUGGUUGCUUGGGUGGAUGUGUUUUUAUGGAGGGAAAAGGCAUAUAUAUAUAUAUAUAUAUUAGGGACAUACAUUUUACCUUGGCUAAUUUGGCGAGACAUGUGUAUAGAUGAUUUUCUCAAAAUCCAUGAAAUUAAUAUAUCGGAUUUUAAUGAAAUGAAAUAAACAAAAUAUUUCACCUCUU